UUUUAAUAUUUGUUAGGUUAUAAAAUGUAUAACUAAAUAAUGUUGAUGAUUGGUUAAAGCUACUGUUAUACACCUUUUUGCGUAUACUUCAUGCUAUCAUAACUGGUUCUACCAGAAUGGUUCGCAGAUUUAAAAGAAAAUUAAGAUCCUGAACUUACAAAAACCAUACCGAUCAAAACUUAGAGCAAGUCUGUAUUAAUAUUGAACAUGGAGCUGAGUCAACGAUUUGCUGAAGAACAAUUUAAAUCAGCUGCUCAAGCAUUAAGAGAGCUCUUCGAAGACAAUGCUUUACUAUCACAAAAAACAUGCAGGGCAUCCAGCUGUCUUCACACCUGAAGAAGAACAGUCUUUUUGUGAUCACUUAAAUAAAGCUUCAACUUUUGGCUACCCACUAACCUCAUUUUAUUAGAAGACAUCAUCAGCUAUUCGAAAGAAUUGUUAGAAACCUCAAAAGGGCAGGGCUUUUUACACUAUGGAUUCAAGUAGCCCCAAAACAGGAGUUACUUGAACCCAAUCUUAACCCCCCAAAAAAGGGGGGACAGAAGUCCACCCAAAUAUUUUUUUCUCUACAAUCAUCAUUAAUAAGUCCAUAAAUAAGCAACAACAAGUUUUUUUUUACAUUGACAUAAAUAUGAGAGAGAACCAAACAUCAAAUAUGUAUCAAUUUGGGGUCCAAGUAGCCUUGUAUGACGUUUUAUGAUAAUCUUUAUCCAAAUCCACCUGUCGAGACUAUAAUUCAUAGUUUCAGUAAUGGAAGUAUCUUGUUUAAUGCAACUUUGUAUUUCAAUUUUUCAAAUAUAAGUGCAACCAGCUUAAAAGAAAGUUUGAAUAAUGGAAAUCUAAGUGUAAAAAUACUUUAUCUCCAAGAAAGGUGCAGUUUACUUUCAUGCAGUGGCAAUGGUCAAUGUGAAGAAAGCAAAACGCAAAUCUGUUGGUGCAAUCUGGGUUAUCGUGGAGAAAGGUGUAAUGAGCUGUAUGCAGUUAAUGGAACACAAAGAAUUUGGACAAAUUGGACUUUAUGCACAAAAUCUUGUUCAAAUGGUACCCAAAUAAGAACUGGGGUUUGUCACCCAAAACCUUUACAUGGUGGUGUUUGUACCCUGGGUAAUGAUACAGUUAUUGAAACUAGCGUUUGCAAUGCUAACCGUUGUCCAACAAAGUAUUCAAAUGAAGAUUAUAUUUUGGUGGCAAUCAUCUGUGGCUCCAUCUUGAUUUUGAUAGUGCUUCUAUUGUUUUUUUUGUGUUGUUCAAGCUCUUAUUCUAUACCAAUAAAAAGUCAGAGGUCAAAUGAAAAACUUGAUUUAUCAAAAGGAAAGGAUUCAACUGAUUCGAUCCGUCUUCAAUCAGCUUUUAGAAAGCAAUUAGGCACAUCUCUUUUUUCUGCGAAUUCUAAUAUAAAAUUAGGUGAGAAGAAAUUGUAUAAUUUUGGCAAUGAAAUAGACGAAGGUCUCGAUAAUCCUAUUUAUUAUGAUGAACUUGAAGCUAGCGAGGAAAUAUAUAAAAAGCAGUUGAAAAGGUUUUUGAAAGAAGUUUCCAAUAUAAGUAAAGAUGUUUCACUUGACAAUAAAUCACCUGAACAACAGCAUUAGUUAAGUAGUAAUUACAUUCAGUCCAUACAUAUUGCUUUGAUUUCAGCAAGUAAUGAAUUUGUGAAAUUACUUUGAAACUUUGUUAAAAAGAAAGAAGUGAUAAUAAUA